UACCUUUCUUUAUAAAUUGAAUCAUUUCAUAGUCCGUAAACAAUUCUAGCCAUACUUCGGUAUGUUUUAUCAUUGCGUUCCAACUCAAACCGGGUGCAUGUAUAUUGACACGGAUCUAAUUCAUACGCACCUAUAGACGCUUGUCUAAAGUUUUCAAACACUUCAGCCAGUAAUAGAACAUCAGUCUUAAAAUAUAGUAUUCACCCAGAGUUUUAAUAUUGAAUGCGCCCCAAACAUCUUUGCAUGUUGGUAAUCCUCAUCGGAAAUAUUUAAAUCGGUAAGGCUGCUAUAGUUACCUGUUACCUAUAGAAAGCGGCCUUACGGGCAAUGCAGUUUUCUCUCAAGCUCCCUCCUGUCACUUACAUACUCAUAAGAGAAAACUCCCUUACGCGUAAGUAACUAUAUAUUUCUCACGCUCGUUACAAUUAUCGGAUGGUGGUAAGAAAUGUGGUAGUAUUUUGAAUUGCUCCCGUGAAAGGUUUGAAGCGAGUUUAUCUAAGCUACUUGACAUGAAUUUAUACGAGUCGAUAAACCUUAGACUGUAUUUCUUAAUCUCUAAAUUAAAUGAAAUAUACUUUUCCUUGUUAUUGGGAAUGCAGGUUAACUUUCCCUUAAUCUUGGCCAGUUCUUAUGGUACGUUUACACGCUUGCCAAGCCUUGGCAAACGGCAAACAGCCCCAAGCCUAUACAAAUCUCGUUUGGCGUUUGAAUGGCGUUUACACGCUUGUGAAUGCGUCAGUCUGCAAUAAACAUCCAAGCAUGGCGGACACCGAACUUGUGGCGGCUAUUGCAUUUGGUUUAACGUACAUUUAUUUAAAAUGCAAGCAAAGUGAAACAAAAAAAAGGAGAGCUCGACGACAGCGAAGAUGGUGGAUGAAAAAGAUUCAUCGUAAUCGUACCAGACAAUUUAUGGAAGAGAAAUUUAGUGAACUUUUAUAUGAACCAUCUGGAGAGUUCGAUAACUUUUGCCGAAUGAGCUAUCCUGAUUUUGAGUUUUUACUGCAGAAAAUUUCACCAAUGAUAUCCAAGCAUGAUACAGACUUCAGAGAAGCUAUACCAGCCAAAUUUCGUCUUGCCAUUACGCUACGAUUUUUAGCAUCUGGUGAUUCUUACAUAAGCCUUCACUACUUGUUUAAAGUAUCUGUCUCUACGAUAUCGAUAAUCAUUCGUGAAGUUUGCCGAGCUCUUAAUGAGAUUCUAAAGGAUCAAGUUAAGAUGCCCACCACAGCAGAAGGAUGGCUUAAUAUAGAAGAAGGAUUCAGGACGAAAUUUCCACAUUGCAUAGGUUCAUUGGAUGGCAAGCAUGUAGUUAUUGAAAGCCCAGCUCAUAGUGGAACAGAGUAUUUCAAUUAUAAGAGAACGUUUAGCAUUGUUCUUUUGGCGUUAGUGGAUAGCAAAUACAAAUUUGUGUUCGCAGACAUCGGGACUCAAGGAAGAAUAAGUGACGGUGGCGUCUUUAAUAAUUGUUUACUAUGGAAAAGAAUAUGUAGAAACGAGAUAGAUUUUCCACCGCCUUGUCCACUUCCAGGAUCGAAUAUUAAUAUUCCAUACGUGUUUUUAGCUGACGGUGCGUUUGCAUUGAGUCAACGCGUAAUGAAGCCCUACCCUGGAAACCAUGAAGUAUGCUCACCAAAAAGGUUAUUUAACCAAAACUUAUCUAGAUCCCGAGUUGUAGUUGAAAAUACGUUUGGAAUUUUAACCUCAGUUUUCAGAAUAUUCAGACGCCCUAUCGAUUUAGCACCACAAACUGUGACGGAAUUUACGAUGACUUGUGUAUUACUACAUAACUUCUUGAGAACAAGUAAAAGUUCUUCAAACCGAUAUACUCCUCCGAGUUCGUUUGACGUAUAUGACAGUAAUGGAAAUAUGGUAACCCGUGGUUCAUGGCGCAGAGAUAACGACAUAUAUAAUGCAUUGCAAAAUUUACCACAAAUACCACGAAGAUCUCCGCUGAAUGCCAAAGAAGUCAGGGAAGAAUUUACUUCAUAUUUUAAUAGGAUGAGAUAAGUUCACAAAAAUAAGCAUAUAUACGGUCGAAUUGAGAAACUUCCUCCUUUUUUAAAGUCAGUUAAAAUGUACAAAUAAAUGUAUAACCAAUGG